GUCCAUCCCGCACUGGAGUUCGAGUCGCGACACAGUUCAGCCUAGUACAGACACACAUAACCUACAGAGAUGGAUCUCGAACAAAUGGGUCCCCAAACCUUCUUAUACGGUUGUGAACUCAAGGCAGGCAAGGAUGUCAGUUUUAACCCAGAGGAUGAUGAUUUUGAUCAUCAGUUAUCAGUCAGAAUGGCCUGUGUCGAUCCCGCAACAAAAGAUGAGCUGAACGUUGUGGAGAUUGAAGGGCAGGAUUCAGAGGGUCAGAAGGUCAAAGCAGUUCUGGCCACACUCAGGCCUUCCACCCUCCCCAGUGUGUCUCUAGUUGGGUUUGAGAUCACUCCACCUGUUGUGUUCCGUCUACGCUCUGGUUCCGGUCCAGUUCACAUUAGUGGACAGCAUCUCGUCAUCAUGGGAGGAGACCAGUCCUUUGACGAAGAGGAGGAGGAGGAGGAGGAGGAAGAAGAAGAGACAUUGACAACAGGCAAAAAGAGGCCAGCGUCAUUGACUCCGAAGCUUUCUAAAAAAAUUAAGUUGGAGGAAGAGGAUGAAGAUGAUGACGACGAUGAUGAGGAUGAAGAUGAUGAGGAUGACGAUGAAGAGGAAGAAAGCUUUGAAGAGUCGCCUGUAAAGGUAAAGAAGACCCCAUCCAAAGCACAGACCCCUGCACAGAAUGGGAAAGGACCCAAGCCCAAUACACCUGCCAAGCAGCUCAAGACUCCAGAAAAGAACAACAAGGGUGACAAGAAAGUACAGUCGCCCAAAACGCCACAGACGCCACGGGUUUUCACUGUCCCAGAGAUCAAGGCCAAGAUGAUGGCAAGUGUAGAAAAGGGUGUAUCACUACCAAAACUACAGCCAAAGUUUGAGAACUUUGUGAAGAACUGCUUCAAAGCCACUGAUGCAAAGGUAUGUGUAUUGCUGUUUUUCUUUGACUUUGUGUCAAAAACAUAAGAUUAUCA